AUGGGCAAGUGUCGAGGCGACUGGGCGAUUGCAGCGGCAGCGGCCGUGUCGGCGGCACACUGCCUCGUGACGGGCGAGGCCAUCGACCUCUCGGUACAACAAACGCUGAGCUGCACGUACCAAGGCGGCGUCGAUGGCUGCAAAGGAGCCUGGACCACGAUCGAUGGCAUGCAGUGGCUCAUCCGCCAGUCCACCUCGUUGUGCAUGAAGUCGGCGAUCCCAUACACCUCGGGCAAGACGGGGACGGCGCGAUAUUGCAGCGACAACACCAAGUGCGCCGGGUCGAUCUCGCUCCAGGUCGGUGCCGUCGAGGUCACAAGUGGCGAAGCGUCGCUGGGCCUGCAACUCCAAACGCAGCCCGUCACAUCGUACGUCAUGGUCGACAACGACCAAUGGCGACUGUACGCUGGAGGCAUUGUCUCGUAUUGCACGUUGAUGGCCGAUUCCGUGUACCAAGCCGUGCUCGUCGUCGGCUACGGCACCGAGGACUUUGGCUACGGCACGCAUCCCGUCAACUUCUUCAAGGUCCGCAGCAGCUGGGGAACGCAGUGGGGCGAGCGAGGCGACAUUCGGCUCCAGCGCGGCCUUAUUAUCAAUCGCGGCAUCUGCGACGUCGCGAGGUACGUCACGUACCCGACGCUCCUCUCGCCUCAGGCAGCGGUGGAUGGUCAGACAACCUAAGGGUCGAUCUAAAAUACUUGUGUGUGUUCUACGCUGC